GACAUUGGAAAAUACCGUGUGGAAAAAUACCAGAAGUGAUUCCAAUAAAGGCAAUUAGCGCAAAAAAAUAAAGAAAACUAACGCAACGUAAAAAAACAAUAGCAGGACGACACAAAUCCGACACCAGAAACGUGAGUUCGAUUUUGAUGAUAUACAAGUGCUGAGCCAGCAGCAGCAGCAGCAGCAGCAUAGUGCACACAGACGGAACGAGUGCGUGCAAUCGGAGACAACGCAACGCAGAGACUGGCAGACGACGACGACGACGACGGCCAAUUUAUUUAGCCAAUGCCUUGAAACGGAAUACGCAAUAAAUUGUUCGACGGCGACGACCUUGCCCAUUGCGAUUGUUGAGGCGGGCAUUGCGUGGCGCGCGUCAAGCGCCAGACUCCCAAGCCCCCAAAAGCAAAGGACAAUUCCAAAGCAAAUUGCAUCGGCCAGGCAACAACAACAACAACAACACAAAGAGGCAAAAAGAAGGCAACAACAAUAACGAUAACGCUUCCGAUUAACGAUAACAGCAGCUGCAGCAUCCGAAGAUGCCACAGUUGAGAGCCGCUGCCGCUGAGGCGGCCGCUGCUGGCGGCGCCGGCGCCCAGCCGCUGGUCAAGAUUGGCCACUAUCUGCUCGGCGCAACGCUGGGCACCGGCACCUUUGGCAAGGUGAAGAUCGGCGAGCAUCAGAUCACACGUCUGAAGGUCGCCGUCAAGAUACUCAAUCGCCAGAAGAUCAAGAGUCUGGAUGUUGUCUCCAAAAUCAAGCGGGAGAUACAGAAUCUGAAGCUCUUUCGCCAUCCGCACAUCAUCAAGCUGUACCAGGUCAUCUCGACGCCCUCGGACAUAUUCAUGAUAAUGGAGUAUGUGAGCGGCGGGGAGCUGUUCGAUUAUAUUGUGAAGCAUGGCAAGCUGCAGGAGCAUCAGGCGCGACGCUUCUUUCAGCAGAUCAUAUCGGGCGUAGACUAUUGCCACAGGCAUAUGAUUGUCCAUCGGGACCUGAAGCCGGAGAAUCUGCUGCUCGAUCACAAUAUGCACGUGAAGAUCGCCGACUUUGGGCUGUCGAACAUGAUGCUCGACGGUGAAUUCUUGCGCACAUCGUGCGGCUCACCCAACUAUGCGGCGCCCGAGGUGAUAUCCGGCAAAUUGUAUGCCGGACCCGAGGUGGACAUCUGGUCAUGCGGCGUCAUACUGUAUGCCCUGCUCUGCGGCACGCUGCCGUUCGAUGAUGAGCAUGUGCCUUCGCUGUUUCGCAAAAUCAAAUCGGGCAUAUUUCCCAUACCGGAGUAUCUAAACAAGCAGGUGGUGAAUUUGGUGUGCCAGAUGCUGCAGGUGGAUCCGCUGAAGCGUGCCACCAUUGAGGAGAUCAAGAAGCACGAGUGGUUCCAGAAGGAUUUGCCCGCCUAUUUGUUUCCCUCCUCGAUCGAGCAGGACUCCAAUGUCAUCGAUACGUACGCCGUGGCCGAGGUGUGCACCAAGUUCGGCGUCAAGGAGUCCGAGGUGCACAAUUCGCUGCUCAGCGGCGAUCCGCACGAUCAGCUGGCCAUUGCCUAUCAUCUGAUCAUUGACAACAAACGCUUCGCAGACGAUGCGGCCACACAGAUCAGCGAGAUCAACAACUUUUUCGUGGCCGGCUCACCGCCGCCACCCAUGUCCCAUUCGCCGCACGAGCCCCGCUCCAGCGGCGCCGAGCCCUCCGCCACGGUUGUUGCCGGCGCAGGUGCUUCUGGCGCCGGCGGCGGCGGCGUGGGCGGCGCUAGCGGAGGCACUGCAGCCAGUUCGGGCAGCGCCACGCCUAGCGGCGCGGCGAGCAGCGCUGCGCCCAGCAUACGACCGCAUCCGGAGCGCAUAGCGCCGAUGCGCGAACGACAGCUGGCCAUGUCCGUGCAGAAUACGGGUGGAGCCGCCUUUCCCGAGAAGACGGCGCGCGGCGGCACGCCCAUCAAGCGGGCCAAAUGGCAUCUGGGCAUACGAUCGCAGAGCAAACCGAACGACAUCAUGCUGGAGGUAUAUCGGGCCAUGAAGGCGCUCAACUACGAAUGGAAGAUCAUCAAUCCGUAUCAUGUGCGCGUCCGGCGUCAGAAUGUCAAGACCGGCAAAUUCUCGAAAAUGUCGCUGCAGCUGUAUCAGGUCGAUCCGAAGAGCUAUCUGCUUGACUUCAAAUCGCUGACCAAUGACGAGGUCGAGCAGGGCGACGAUGUCAUCAUGGAGAGCCUCACACCGCCUCCAUUGAGCGUCAGCGGCGCCAUGCCCCAGCAGCCGACGGGCCAUCAUACGAUGGAGUUCUUUGAGAUGUGCGCGGCGCUCAUCAUACAGCUGGCGCGCUAAGUUCACGCCUUAACCAAAAUAACGCCAUCCCCUGCCCCCACCCCCUGCCCCUACCCCUUCGCACACUUUUUAAUUCAGCAUACGCACGCCCAUGGCAUGGCGUCCAGAUGAGGCACAAAGUGGACUCCCAACACAAUUUGGACGCCAUCUCAUGUUAAUAUUAUUCUUAUUAUUACUAUUCUAAUGCUUAUUAUUAUAUUAUAUAUAUAUAUAUACCUCUCCCCCAACCCUCCUUUGCACUUCCCCUCCCGUACCUAGGCAAGAUUUGUUUUCGCUAGUUGUUUAAAUUGUGUUGCUACGAUUUCUGAUGUCCUUUGCGUGUUUUGAAUCCUUGAUAUUGAUUUGUUUACUUUUUAUGUGUGUUUUUUUUUUUUCAUGCUCCUUUGUAAUAUUUUACAUUAUUUUAUAUUAUGCUAAACAAAUUGUAUUUAAUAUGAUUACAUGAAGUUGCAAUAAUCCCCAUUAACCCAA